CUUUAAAACUUGCCUGCUGGGACCCAAAACUUUCUGUUUACAGUCAAAGUUAUGGCAAUGGAGCAUCAAAUGCAAUGGUGUUCAUAAUACAAACAGGGAUGGUUUCGACACUGAUAUGAACAGAGAUGGUUUCGACAACAACAUGAAAAGAAAACGAACAGAAAACAUCUUAUAGUUUGCCCAAAUUUGACCGACAUGACCUACAAGAUGGAGAUUCAAGAAACAAUCCUCCACUUGAUCGUCUUGCUUUCCAUCAUCGUCUUGGUUACUAGCACAGGAGAAUGCCCAGAUGCCUGUACCUGCAACCUCCAAAUCUCCAAAUCUUGGGUGUCAUGUGAAGGAAGUGAUCACUCAUCUCCAGCAAAAACGUGGUCUGAUUUGGUGGAAGUCGUAAUACGUUAUCCCUUGCUGAAACAACUUUCAUACCACAAUGGAUUGACCUCACUUCCCUAUCAAACACCAAGAUUUGAUGAAUUGGAAAAGCUCAGUUUAUCUCAGAAUUACAUGACAGAGUUGAAAUCCGAUGCCUUCACAGGAAUGAUAUUCCUCCAGAUUUUGGAUCUUGGCUUUAAUGGCAUACAGAAAGUUGACGAAAAUGCGUUUCGUGGUUUGGAGAAUCUGCUGACUUUGAACCUAGUUCACAAUAAGAUUGCCAGUCUUUCAGAAAACACGUUUGAAGAUGUUCAGGAUUUGAGAACACUUAUCCUCAAACAAAACAGAAUAACAAGUUUGCCUCAGGGAAUAUUCAGGAAUUUACAAAAUCUGGAGAUUCUAGAUUUGAGUUACAAUUCCUUGACUUAUCUUUCUUCCAAACAUUUCACACCUCUUCUAAAUCUAAGAGAGGUACACCUCAACAGUAAUCUUGUACAGUCAUUCCAUGUGGACACAGUAUCAGCUCUCAGUCACAUUCCAGUUUUAGACCUUUCAAACAAUCCUUUAGACUGUUCAUGUGCCAUGAGAGACCUCAAGAUGUCAAUGGCAACAAGGACCACCAGCCUUAUGAAUCCAAACGCAACUGUUUGUUCGUCUCCACAGCACUUAUAUGGGGAAUCUAUAGAAGCUGUAGCCUUGGAAGAUCUCAACUGUACUGAGCCUCAGAUAUCCUUAAUAUCAGAACCUCAGGUUAUACCCUAUCAACAGGACCUGUAUCUUCCCUGCCUGGCCGAAGGUUUCCCAGCACCAGCAAUAGUAUGGGAAACGCCCUGGGGAGAAACAUUUGCCCGACCUUCCAGUUUCAAUUUCAUUGGUGACGGCGGUCUAGAAUAUCAUUCGCAUCAUGCUUAUCAAGCCAAAAAUGUUAUACUCGUGUCUACCGUAACUCUUUUUGAAAACGGGACUCUAUACAUUUCAAAAUUCAGGGGUUAUUUUGCUGGUAAUUUCACUUGCAUUGCUGUGAACCCUUUGAGUAAUAGCAGCGCAACUGUCGAAGUUGAGAUUUUUCAUAUUUUGAAAUUAACAUUUUUCCAAAGCUUGUUUAUAAGUCUAUACUGUUCUGGUGGCUUUUUUGUGUUCGGGAUCAUUGUGGGCAUUAUUAAGAUGAUAGUUUGUGCAAUUCAACGCAGACUCAAAGCCAUGGAGGACAAAAGUAAGGAGUCUGAGAAAGCAGUGUCUGUUAGUGAUAUUGUUGUUGUCCUUGACGAAUCUGACGACCGUUCUGACCCAUCACCGCCGAAAACACCACUUAUUUCCUCAUCUUUGAGCACCCCAAAUUCCCCGCAAAAAUGUACCACGCCUACCGAAGAACUUGGAUGGCUGCCUGCAAAUAUAUUUGACACUUUGGAUGAAGCUCGCUGGAGGUUACGGUAUGGUGUUGGGCGUCGAAUGGAGAAAGUACGAAGUCACGUUCAAAAUCAGGUGCAGUCUAUACGAGAAAGCAGCACACUAUAUAUGCAGAGUAUCAAGGAAUCUGGCAGCAGCGCCGCCAGUCGGGUCCGGACCGGUAUUGUGGUUGGCGUGGAAACAAUGAAAUAUAGUGUUCAGUCACUUCGUGAGUUCUGUGGUACCGGCGACAUGAGAGGACAGACAAUAUCAAUGAUAUCAGUAUCGACCGAUAUUGAUACAGAUCAGCGAACUGAAGUCAUACGAUCAGUAACAUUUGUUUAAAUUACGUCUCAACCGCUUUUCUGCUUUUGAAAUACAGGUAUUAAGCCAUAUUUUCAUACAUUUCUAUUUAAUUUCAAUAUAUAUAUAUAUAAUUGUAUCUCUGAAUCAACAUGAUUUAGCUGUAAUCUUGAUUAAUUCCUUUUUCUAUAUGGCUUCACCUUGCUCAUAUACCACAUUUACUACUAGAGGUGUGACGAUACAGAAAUUUCACGAUACGAUACGUAUCCAUUAUCUUGGAAUGAUACGAUUCGAUUCGAUGCAUAUCACGAUAUGCUUUCUUUAGUUAUUUUCCUUAAAAAAUCCCAUUGUAAUAGUAAGAAAUUUAGACAUAAACAUCAAUAUCUAAUGAAAAUUAACAAUGUUAAGGUCAACGAUACAUAUCACGAUAUGAAAGAAUGUAUCGAUAUAUUUAUCGUCAGAUAAAGUAUCACGAUUAUCGAUACGACGAUAUAUCGUCACAGCUCUAUUAACUACAUUGGAAAACUUUAUAGCUAGAAGUUACCAGGUUGGUUCAUGUAUGAGAUAUUAAUAAUUAUUGUUCACGGAUCAAUUUCUUGAAGGAAUUUUGGUUUUUAUGAUAUCAAACUUUCAAGAAUGCUUUAGUUGCUGCCACCACAUUUUGAGUUUUAUUAGCUUACGAUUUUCAUACAGGACAUGUUUUUUGGAGACUCAAAUAUUCUUUACAGAGGGAUUCUGUCAUCAGAGGUUUUUACAUACUGAUAUGUUAUGAAUCAAACUGCAUGACAAUGACAAUCUAUCCCAUAUUUUGUUCAUUUUGUUUUCAGAGUAGUCCUGGAUCAGUUUUAGAGACUCGGAUUAAGAUAAUUACCGAUAUACAAAAUGUCAGAAAAACAUAAUCAUAAUAAUCAUAAUCAUAACAGCCAUGCAUAUGUUAUGGGGUUUUUUAAGGCUAAUAUGCUUUUAUCAAGAAUGUUUCCAAAAGAAGUGAAACUUUCAAACUCUGCAUUGUAAGUACCAGAGGUUGUUGACAUUUAUGAUCAAAUUCUGAAAAAUCAGACAUUUUAUGGUUUCAUGUUUUGUAAGAGCUGAAAAGAUGAUGAAAAGAUACUAGUUUAUUCUAUGGGUUUGGAGAAAUAAGAACUCGUAUAAACAGUGAAACUUUGGUGAAAUACAUUUCAAGAGACUGUUGUUGUCAUUUUGUCAGGUUGUCAAAGAUCAUUAGGAGCAGAGUGCAGAUGUUACCGAAAAGAAAUCACAAACUGAAAUCAGAUCUAUAUAAUCUGUAACAUCAAUUACAACCGCAGGGAUGUAGGGUUUGGUCGUGGACCAGACAUUAAGGUAUGAUGAAGAGCCUACAGGGUUUUGCUCGUCUUGGUCAGUAGGGUAGCACAGUGGUUAAAGUGUUUGAUCAUCAUGCUUGAGACCCUUGUUCAGUUCUCGCGUGUACAAUUUUUGAAGCCCAUCUGUGGUGUCCACUGCCAUGAUCUUGUUAAAAUAUUGUUCAGAACAACAAAAGAGCAUACUUAUUGCCUCAUUUUAAUGAUUCUGCAAUAAAGAGAAGUUAUGAUGUUAUUUGUUUUAUGUGACAUUAAUUUAAACAGAUGUAAUUCAAGUUAACACGUUUUCACUGUAUCAUAUCAAUAUCUGUACUCACAGAAAGCUGGUUAUCGUGUCAUCAGUAGGUUUUAUGAGUCUGAUCUGUCAGUUUUUGUCUUUGAAUGCCAUUGUAUGUACAACACUUGAGAGAAAUGCUAUUUUGAUAAAAUGUACGAAUAAUUUUGUUUGUUCUGUCAAAUGACUUGGCAGGGAUGAUAUACAGGUAUAGUUGUGAUGUUGAAAUAUUUGGCUAUAUUUUGGUAGAUUGUUUAAUGAUAGUGCUUUGUUCUAUGUUCAUGAAAUUAUUCAUGAAGUUCAUUAGGCUUUCCAAACAUAGAAUAACAUACGAUGGCAAUAAAAUCACAUCCUUUGAUCUGCUUUUCAUAGGAAAAGAAAAGACAUUCCAUAUCAUUUUGAUAUCAUAACAAUAUGACCACCUUGAUAAGAUACUAACCUGAUGAUGAUCUGACAAACCCAUGUCAGGAGGUCACAACAGGGGCCUUUCUAAUCAGCCUCUUGAC